AUGCACAUAUCGGGGUUUGCUCACAAUAACAAUCUAUCAGGUACCGCAAUGGCAACUACACCCCCCAAACCACCUCCUAAUACCCCUACCCACUGUACAGCCGAGGCUGGGACGCAUGAAAGGGAGUGCCUGAAUGCUUUUAGAAGGCUUCUUUCUUUGUGUGUGACUCUUCUUGGAGUCGACCCCCCAAAGAGUGAUUGGGAAUUGAUAUGGUCCCGGUCCCGCGAGCUUGAUAUCAAUGAUUAUGCUCAACUCUGCUACUGCCUCGAUGAGUUCAAGCAAUUCGAUCACUUGGACUUGUCCACUGAGAUACUGAAGACACAGCAUGAGUCACUGCAGAACAGGCUUUUGAGGAAAUCACAGAAUAAAGCCUUAAACCCAGACUUCACAUCAAUGGGAAAUGUCAUACUACUUUGCGCCAGUGUUGGAGUCUUUGCUAUUCGUCAUCCGCUCACGGAUAUCAAGAACCUACGUCUACAGAAUUCCUCAAUUCACUACAGCAUGGCUGACUUUACUCUCGACCUCAACAAAUCACCGUUAUACGCUGAGGGUAUUACCACGGAGGAGGCAGAGAAGCACCUCUCAGAUAGUCUCUUAAUAUGCUCCGCGGCCGAUGACGGGAUUGAGAUAAUUUGGGAAAAUGACAACCCGAGACCUAAAGUCCGAAUUACAAGUAAUGAGAUCCUUGACGCAGUGUCAGUGCCUGGCAGACAUACACGCACCUUAAAUAAAUACCAAUCUCCUGGUGCUAUCUACCAUGAUCUUCUCAAUGCUAGUAUCUCGCAUAAUCAACCCUUCGCUGCAGCAAUUCAGAGGAUUCGAGAGGCUCUGGACCAAGAACUGAACAUGAUGAAAACCAAGGACGACAUAGGCAAGCAUUAUUGGACGGAAAUGAUCUAUCGCCGGUUUUUAGGCUCCUAUAGAAUCUAUCAUGUUGGAGAAAGUGUCCUACCCGCGGCUGAAGAUACAGGCACUAUCGAAGCCACUCUGUCCGGAAUCUCCCCCCAGGAUAGGGGUUUUCUUCUUAGGUUCGCAUCUUGUGAUGUGAACAACCUUCCUCUUCUUUCUGCUGUUACAUUCGAAGAUAUUCAGCACCUUCACUGACGCGGGGCUAUCUUCUUGAGGAACCAUUGGGAAACGGAGACAUCUGAAUUAAAUGCAAACAUCAGUAUGUUAUUAGCGCAGAAUUGGCUACGGCAGUGGGAAA